AUGAGGUACCUAGCAAAACCGGAGAUAUUCUCUGCGUGUGAGGACGGUCGACGAACCAUUCGGCGCUCACUCUACAUCAAUAAUUUCUCUUCCAAUGACCUGGAAGUAGUCAGAGUACAACAACUACAAUCCUCCUCCGAUGCAGCAAAUGGAUCCUUCAUCCAGGGUAGCAAAGGUGGUCAUGAUACCACAUCAUUGGAGGAGGACGAGAUCUGGCAAUUGGCUGAUCACCGACAGAAAACAGAAAACAGCUUCGAUACUCACGCGAGUCUACCCAACCCAUGCAUGCACAUGUCCAUUUCUCAACGCACACACCACAAAGCACACCACAACAUCCCAGCGAAUCGAUACGACAAGCGAGAAACACACUGCAGAAGCGCAAGGCUGGCAAGAACAAAAAGAGGGAAAAGCCAUUCGGGGGGUGGUGUUGAAAAAAGUAUCGAAAUGAUCUAA